AUGGCUGAUGAUGGAGAUGGAAGCUGCACACCAGAUGUUGUGACAUACAACACGAUCAUUGAUGGCAUGUGCAAAGCUCAUGCAGUUGACAGGGCUGAGGGUGUCCUUCAGCAGAUGAUUGAUAAAGGUGUUAAGCCAGACAUCCAGACAUAUACCUGUCUGAUCCAUGGAUACCUCUCUACAGGACAAUGGAAAGAAGUGGUUCAAAGGCUCAAAGAAAUGUACGCACGUGGUCUUCACCCAAAUGUUGUGACAUACAACACGGUCAUUGAUGGCCUGUGCAAAGCUCAUGCAGUUAACAGGGCUGAGGGUGUCCUUCAGCAGAUGAUUGAUAAAGGUGUUAAGCCAGACAUCCAAACAUAUACCUGUCUGAUCCAUGGAUACCUCUCUACAGGACAGUGGAAAGAAGUGGUUCAAAGGCUCGAAGAAAUGUACGCACGUGGUCUUCACCCAAAUGUUGUUACUUAUGGUUUGUUAUUGGACUAUCUAUGCAAGAAUGGAAAAUGCACAGAAGCGAGGAAGAUUUUUGAUGUUAUGAUUAGGAAGGGCAUAAAACCUAAUGUAACUAUCUACGGCAUUCUUCUUCACGGGUAUGCUGCUAAAGAAGCCCUUGCUGAUUUGCCUGAUCUCCUAGAUUUGAUGGUAGCAAAUGGUAUUUCACCUGAUCAUUACAUCUUCAACACUAUGUUCUGUGCAUAUGCUAAAAAGGCAAUGAUAGAUGAGGCGAUGCAUAUACUUAGCAAAAUGAGGCAGCAAGGAUUGAGUCCUAAUGUAGUCACUUAUGGAACAUUAAUAGAUGCACUUUGUAAGUUGGGAAGAGUGGAUGAUGCUGUGCUUAAAUUCAAUCAGAUGAUCGAUGAAGGAGUGACUCCUAACAUUGUUGUUUUUAACUCCCUGAUUUAUGGACUCUGCACCGUUGACAGAUGGGAGAAGGCUGAGGAAUUAUUUUUUGAAAUGUUGGAUCAAGAAAUCGGUCCCGACAUCGUGUCCUUCAACACCAUAAUGUCUAACUUAUGCAAAGAAGGACGGGUCAUGGAAGCCCAGAAUGUCAUUGACUUGAUGGAACGUGUAGGCGUGAGGCCUGAUGUUAUCUCAUAUAGUACAUUAAUAGGUGGCCACUGCUUAGCUGGUAGAACUGAUGAAGCAGCAAAGUUACUAGAUAGUAUGGUCUCAGUUGGCUUGAAACCGGACAUUUUGUGCUAUGAUGCAUUGCUUCGUGGCUACUAUAAAACUGGCAGGAUGGACAAUGCAUAUUGUCUUGUCCGAGAAAUGUUGAGGAAGCAAGUUAUGCCUGGUGCUGUGACUUACAGUACUAUACUGCAUGGUUUAUUUCAGACUCGGAUAUUUUCUGAAGCAAAGGAACUCUACCACAAUAUGAUUAAAACUAGGAAACAGUGGGGCAUUUACACAUACAACAUAAUUCUAAAUGGGCUUUGCAAAAAUAAUUGUGUUGAUGAAGCAUUUGAAAUGUUCCAGAGUCUGUGUUCUAAGGAUAUUCGUCCUGACAUUAUUACUUUCAAUAUUAUGAUUGGUUGUUUGCUCAAAAGUGGUAGAAAGAAAGAUGCCAUGGAUUUGUUCGCUGCUAUCCCUGCCCAUGGUUUAGUUCCGGAUGUGGUGACCUAUUGCUUAAUGAUGGAAAAUCUCAUACAAGAAGGGCUGCUAGAUGAGUUUGACAAUUUGUUUUUAGCAAUGGAAAAGAGUGGAUGCACUCCAAACUCAUACAUGCUAAAUGGUAUAGUUAGGAGGCUGCUGGGUGGAGUGGAGAUAAUGAGGGCUGGGGCUUACCUCUCCAAAAUUGAUGAAAUGAACUUCUCACUUGAGGCUUCCACUACUUCCUUGCUAAUAUCACUUUUCUUGAGGGAGGAAUAUAAGAACCAUGCAAAGUCCCUACCUGAAAAGUACCAUUUUCUUGAGGAGGUCAACAAAUGA